AUGUCUACAAGAUUUCCCAGCGAAAAUGUCGAUGUUUCGCCUCUUGGAGCUCCAUUGCAGUUCGAAUUCAGUCAGCGGAAAGCUUCGAAUCGCUUCUUGAAGGCUGCUCUGACGGAGAGAAUGGCCUCGUGGUCUCCGACCGAUCUUUCAGCCCGAGGCAUUCCAAGCCAGAAUCUCAUCAACCUUUAUCGUCGGUGGGGAGAGGGCCAAUUUGGACUGAUCCUCACCGGCAACAUUAUGAUGGCAUACGACCAGCUCGAGUCACCGGGGAACAUGAUCAUUGAUCUUGAGAACCCAUUCGCUGGCGAGCGAUUUGAAGCAUUCAAGCAAUUGGCCACUGCCGCCAAGAAGCACGGAAGUCUGAUUGUUGGUCAGGUCAGCCAUCCUGGUCGUCAGACAUUUGAGCACCUGCAACCCAACCCAGUUUCUGCUAGCGAUGUUCAGCUCGUCAUGCCGGCAUUUGGUGCGUUCGGAAAACCCCAUGCCGCUAGCGAGGAGGAGAUUCAGGAUAUCAUCCGCCGCUUUGUUCAUGUAGCUGUCUACCUGCAAAAAGCCGGUUACGAUGGAAUUCAACUGCAUUCCGCCCAUGGAUAUCUCCUCGCGCAAUUCCUGUCCCAAACAACAAAUAAGAGGACCGAUAAGUACGGUGGGAGCUUGGCCAAUCGGGCGCGGAUAAUCGUGGAAAUCGCCCAGGCCAUCCGUCACGCCCUCCAAGAUCCCAGUUUUAUCAUUGGAAUCAAGAUUAAUUCGGUGGAAUUCCAAGAACAUGGCUUUACCCCUGAGGAGUCAAAAGAGCUGUGUGAGAUUCUCGAUCACAAUGGUUUCGACUUUGUUGAGUUGUCUGGUGGAACUUAUGAAGCUGGUGCCUUCCAGCACAAGCGGGAGUCUUCGCAGAAACGCGAGUCGUUCUUUUUGGAAUUUGCCGAUCUCAUUACUCCUGCUCUAAAGCGGACCCGCAGCUAUGUAACCGGAGGAUUUUGUACAGCCUCCGGAAUGGUCCAGGCUUUGGAAACCGUUGAUGGUGUUGGUCUUGGCCGCUCUAUUACCCAGGACCCUCGAUUGCCACGGGAACUACUCGCCGGAACUGCUCAGGGUGCGAUUCAGCAAAAGAUCGACCCCCAAGACUUUUUCAAGACUAGCCCUGCUGCUGGAGCACAAAUGCUGCAGAUCGCACAAGAUGAAGAGCCGAUUGAUCUGAGCAUUGAUGCCAACAUGGAAAUUUUCAUGAAAGGCCUUGGGGAAUGGGCACAGCAGAUGCAAAAGGAUGGCACUGCGAUGACUAUGUACGGUUAUGCCCAGCUUCCCAAGGGUCAACCAUUCCAAAGUCAUCUAUGA